GGGCCAGCGUCGCUUGGCGGGAAGGAGCCGUUUUGCCGGCGCCGCCGACGCCGCCCCCCCAACGGCCUCAUCCCGCGCGCGGUUCCCGAGGACGGAAGGUCGGUCGCCUGAGGAGAAAGAAGGGAAGGGAGAGGAGGAGAAGGAGGCCGCCGCCGCCGCCAUGCACGUGGUCAAGAGAGGUGAGGAGGAGCCCCCCUUCCAGGGCGAGUCUGUUUGUGAGAGGGGGGAGGAAGGACUUUUUGUGCCCCCUUUACCCCCCAAAAAACCCCCUUCAUGGAGAAGUGGGGGACGGACGGAAGGGCCAGGAACUGUGAGCCCCCAAAACCCUCGGCCGACCCAAGGCCAAUAUUCCCGCCAUAAAAGAGAGAAAGAGAUGGAGCGGGGGGGGGGGCUCAUUUCUGUCUCUCUCUCUCGGGUCUUCGCGUAAAGGGAGGGGUAAAAUGACAGAACUAAGAAGAGAUCACUCAGGCGACAAGGUGAAAAAAAGAACGGGAUUGCUUUAAAAAACUACCUGGCAAAAUACGGUUCCAAAAACAAUACUUUGGCUGUGCUUAAUCACACAGGUAUAAUGGGGGGGAAAACCCUGAUUUUAAUAAAUGAAUACAGAACAAUUUUGUAUACUUGACUAAUUCUUUUUCAUUUAUUAUUUCCCCCCGUUUUUCUUUUUCUGUAUUUUUCUUAUUAUUUUUUCUUAUUUGGGUGUAAUGCUUAGUUCAUGCUUUCUCUGAAGUUUUUAAAAAUGCAAUAAAGCUAAUACAAAAUAAGUAAAGGGUGGGGUAUAAACAGGAAAAGAAACAUUAUUAUUACCAUUUGCCGUGUUACCGUAAUUUGCUGCUGCUCCUCUUUGGCCGCCUUGUGUGUAGUGUGGGAGGAGGCCAGGAUUGUCAGUUUAACAACAACAACAACUAAUAGUAACAAGAACAACAACAACUAAUAGUAACAGCAAGCGGGUCUGGGGUGGCGUGGAGGCUGCCUGGUCGGCUCCCUUGCUGCAUUCACUUUAACUGCCAGCCGCCUUGAGUCCCUGUCAGGGGCAAGGGCAGGUGUAAAUGAACUGGUAGUAGUAAUAAUAAUAAAAAUACAGUGGUACCUCUGGUUGCGAAUGGGAUCUGUUCCGGAGCCCCGUUUGCAACCUGAAAGGAACACAACCCACAUCUGCGCGUGCGUGGGUCGCAAUUCUCAGCUUCUGCGCAUGCGCGUGACGUCAUUUUGCACGUCUGCACAUGCACGAAUGGCAAAACCCAGAAGUAACAAUUUCUGGUACUUCCGGGUUGCCACGGGACGCAACCUGAAGAAACGUAUCAUGAAGCAAACGUAACAAGAGGUAUGACUGUAAUAAAACUCCAGCUUGCCCUUCCCCCCUCCCAUGGUACUUAAGGCGGUGUGCAAGACGGUUCUCCCGCCCACCCCUUUAAUCCCCACACCAACCCUCCCAGGUAGGCUAGGCGGAGAGGCAGUGGCUGAGGAGGGAUUCGAACCCUGGUCUCUCCCAGUCCCUCGUCCACUGCACCACACCAGAGACACGGGGGGGGGGGGGGUUUGCUGAUGCCAGGAGUGAGGCAGCACCUGGUUCCUGCCAGACCGCCCCUCCUCCUCCAGGGUCAGCCCAGGGCACCCCGAGGUGCCACCCUGCAGGCUCCGGAGAGGAGCAUCUCCAGAGGCACCCUGGGGUAGUGUCCUCUGGCCCAGGUUGGGUGCAGCUACAUCUCCCCUUGCCCCCCCCUCACGUUAUCACCCCCCCCAAAUUGCUUUGUGGGAUGCAAGGGCCCUUGUGGUGACAGGCUCACACUGAUCUCCCUUGGGUCACUGAGCUGGUGAAGUGUCUGAUUCAAUGUGUUUGGAUGUCCCCAUUUAUUGCAUUUGCAGCCCACUUUUUUCUACUUGGUGGAGGGGCUAGCUAGUUUUUCUGGGAGGGAUAUGGCAGCAGUGCUAGAGGCUGUGAGGCCAAACCCUUGACUGGACCCUUACCCAGUACAGCGUUUGCUCAGCAAGUGAUGCUAAAUGUUCCCGUCUCUUUUCCGCAGAUGGGCGCCAUGAGCGCGUCAUGUUUGACAAGAUCACGUCCCGGAUCCAGAAACUGUGUUACGGUCUCAACUUGGACUUCGUCGACCCUGUGAGUGUCUUCGGUGCUAUCAUGAGUCUGUCAUGGUCUAAGAUAAAACAAGGACAGUAAAACUUAUUGAGUACAUUGUAGUGGAAUGGUGGAACGUAAAUUCCCAUGAAUAAAUGAAUGAAGCUCCUUGUAUGCUGAGGAAAGUUCUGUUCAUGAUAGUGACAAAGCAGUGUUUGCUGCUGUGGUCCACAAAAUAUACAUUUGAAGUUCCAGUCUGUGCACAGUUGCCUCAGUCUGAUUUGGAAACCAGUCUGCUUUUUGGGUGUAUGCCAUUUUUAAAAUAAAUAAAUCUGUAAACUGCCUUCCAGGGAAAAUGGCCACUUAAGGUGACAAAUUUUUAUGUAAAAUUCUGAGCAAUUGAGUACCUCCAAAGUAUUACGUUCAGCAUGAUUAUAUUUACUGGUGGUACCUUGCAAGUUUUAAGCCUUGCUCCUCACUAAGCAGUCACUGAGGAACUGCUGUUUCUCAACUUCCCAGCCUUCUGAGCACUCCUCUCCCCCUCUCAUCCCUCCCAUUACCCACCUGUUGUUUUAAGAUUCAUACAUUUACUCUUAUCUUAUCUCCAUAUUACUUUAACCACCUUGAGAGUGAAAGGGACCAAGUGGACAGCUUUGCUACAAAAUUCAUAUAGUUCUCUGGCAAAGAAAGUCAUUGAAAACUGACUGCUCCUCCCCCCUUCUGUUAUAGCAAACUAACUUUGUGAGUAUUCACUCUUUUUUUUUUUUGUCCAGGCUCAGAUCACCAUGAAAGUGAUCCAGGGCCUUUACAGUGGAGUCACUACUGUAGAACUGGAUACUCUGGCCGCUGAAACAGCAGCAACCUUGACAACCAAGUACCCUGACUAUGCUAUCCUCGCAGCAAGAAUUGCUGUCUCCAACCUGCACAAGGAAACCAAGAAAGUAUUCAGCGGUGAGUGUGUGGGUGCUGGCCACAACACAGGAAAACCAUUUCUGCAACGUUCGUGGAACUGGCAUGUUGGAGGGAUUUUAAUGGCAAAACUAUUGGGUGGAGAGGUUUGAUGUAGUUAAUCCCAGUAAUAAUAUGUACCCAGGAGGUAUCGUAUUGCAUUGAAAUUCUCACUGAUCAAAUGGUUGUGAUGAAUUGCGGAGUUAAAAUGUUGUGCAAUAAGCAUGAGCUGAUUUCUUCAGCUGAUUUGCUCAGUGGUGGGGGGGCAUUCAGCUUCGCCUGUUCUCCCCCCCCCCCCCCCGUCUCCAAAGGCAAGUAAUAAUACUGGCAAACCUUACGGUUGUAAUUAUUAAAAUACAGUAACCCCCCUUUUUUAGAUGUGAUGGAAGAUUUGUACAACUAUGUGAACCCGCGCAAUGGCAAACAUUCCCCAAUGAUUGCUAAGGAAACUCUAGACAUCGUAUUGGCCAACAAAGAUGUAAGUAGCACUUUGGCAGAGCUAACAGGAAAGAAUUAAAAGCAGUCUGAGUUAAAAGCAGAAUGGCUAUUCUGGCGCUAGGCGGUGGGAAGCAGUUUUCACCUGAAUAUCCACUUGGUGUUUGGGAAACUGCGUAAUAUUCUGUGACAGAGAAUGAUGAGAUGAUCCACAUGCAUUUGUGGAGAGGCAGAUGAGUUGCCAGACAGAGGAAUGUGCAUGGACUAAAAGUUAACUUGCCAGCAUUUUCUGUGCACUUGUGAUGGCUGCCCUCGUGGUAUUAUGCAUGGUCCACAAAUGCCUCAUGGAUGUUGGUGGAAGGUGGCCUUGCCAUCUCUUUUAAACAUAGGUUUUCCAAAGCCCUGUGUCCAGAUCUGGUCCUUUGAAAUAAGCCCUUGACAAAUACAGCGAUUUUUCAUACAGUGUGGCAUUGUUGGUUUUUUGGGUACAUGUAGAAUAUUCCAAAUGCAGUUAUAUUGAUCAACAGAGCCAGGGGACAUUCUGCGGAAAGGAAGUGGUGCUGGUUUGAAAUUAAGAAUUGUUUGCUUCUUAGCUUCCCAUUUGGAAACAAUUUGAGUCAUCACAUAGUUGAAAAAUGGAACAAUUCACAUCCAGAGGGCUUAAAAAAAAACUUUUUGUAUCACACACCACGUAGGUUUUUGUGUUACAUGAACUGGGGUAUACAUAGUCUAAAUGUGUUAAUCUAUCAUUUUUUUCUUCUCUCAGAGACUGAACUCUUCUAUAAUUUAUGAUCGGGAUUUCUCCUAUAAUUACUUCGGCUUUAAGGUAAAGAGUUGUUCUUUCUUUGAGGGUGUCAGUUACUGAUAAGGCUUGGAAUGGCAAGUUCUGUUCUAUGUAGGAGCCCCAGACAGUAAAUAAGCACCCUCAUCCCAGCUGUUGUUCAUAUGAAUGGCUUGGGGAAGGCAUGUCGAGGCAAGAUGCCUUCUCUUGAUGCCUUCCUUUGCAGUAUGCCACACACACCUCCCUCUAGUGGAAUUUUGAUAAGGCAACUUCUAAGUAAGGCAGCAGUUUUCAAACUUCCCAAUACCAGGGAGUUGUGACUGCUGAUAACCUGCUGAGAAGGUUCCCCCCAUGGCUUCCCUCAACACCGUCAACUGCAAAGCAUCCUAGGUGUGUUUUAGGGGCCCCUUCCCCUGCUUGCAUGGCUGUGCACAUGGUGGGGCUGCUCUGCCACAUCAGCUGUGUAUUGCAGGGACUUCCUCAGGGAAGCUGGUCUGCCAUUAUGGACCUGAUGAGGAGCUUUGGGGUUUUCUGAAAUAGUGAUUGAAAGCCACAGCCUUUUAGGUGCAAUAAGAGGUUGGUGGUGGUGGAAAAAAUUGAUUUUUUGGUAGUAAAUCUUCUACUUUAUUUUUUAUAAUGAGCUCUGACCUACGUCCUUUUCCUUUCCUCUCUUUUUAAGACACUUGAGCGUUCGUAUCUGCUAAAAAUCAAUUCCAAAGGUAAGUGGUACAGGAGAAUUGUCUCAGUCCUGUGUACAAAUGCAUAUAGCUUAUUCUUAAUUUUUUGUAAACUGUCUUGAAGUCAUUGAUAAAAUGUGACAUAUAAAUGUUUUAAAUAAAGCCAUAGCUUUCUAGAAGUGAUGGCUUAAGGGGUUUUUUUGGCACUUCAAUACUCCUUGGAGCUUAAAUCAUGAAGGAUUAGCACUUCUGUAGGCAGGGUGAUUCUAGGUAUUGGGCUUCCUACUGAGAGCUGGCCCCUUGUCAGAGGUAGUUUUACUUCUGAAUACCAGCCAUUGAUAACUGCAAGAGGGGAGAGUACUGCCAUUACGUUCUUGUGUUCUCAAAACCAUCCAAGUAGCAGCUUCAUUGGGCUUUAUGUUACAAAUGUUCCUUACAUGCUGCUGCUGCUGCCUAGCAUAGGAAUGUGUGAAGCUGCCUUAUGUGGAGACAGACCCACUGGUCCACAUUACCUCAAUAUUGUCUACACUGACCGGCAGAGGCUCUCCAGGGCUUCAGACAGGGAAUGUCUCCCAGUCCUACCUGGAGAUGCCAUUGGGGAUUUAACCUGGGACUUUUUGCUUGCAAUACAUAAUCUCUACCACUGAGCCCCUCUGCAUUGAAGAAGUAGAUAGGGAUUUCUUUUAACUCACAUGGCAGCAGUUCACUCAUUAUUUAUUCUGUUUGGGUUGAGGGGGGCUAAUUUGGACCUUUGGCAAGAACUGACUCUCCCCCCCCAUCAGCUUUUAUUCUUAUAUCUUGCUGUGCCUGGAAUCCUACAGACGCCAGAACAGGAAAUUGCUCUCUGAUCUGACAGAAUGAAUUGGGCCCAGCUGCCUCAGCGGCAGAGGCUCCUUUCGCAGGCUGUGAUGCACUCAUGUUUUCUUUUUGACUCCUCUCUUCCGGUGUCUAGUGGCUGAGCGCCCCCAGCACAUGUUGAUGAGGGUGUCAGUGGGAAUCCACAAGAACGACAUCGAUGCUGUAAUUGAAACCUAUAACCUCCUUUCUGAGAAGUGGUUCACCCACGCAUCGCCCACUCUUUUCAAUGCUGGUACCAACCGCCCCCAGCUCUCCAGGUAAUCCGGGAACGUGGCCACUGGAAGAGGGAGCAAUUGAGGAUGAUGUUGCUUAAGCAAAAUGGUUUUCACUGUCUAUAAAAUGGGCAUCAGCUGUCCCUUCCUUGCUCUUGCUUAGACUGCUCUACAGCUUUUACAGCAAGCAUUUUUUCAGAAGGGUGCAUUUGCUCAUAAACAGAACAGUGCCUACCUAGAGGGUCUAUUUGCUUGCUGUUGCUAAUGAACAAGUUUCUCUCUUAACUGCUGGUGCUAAUUGCUGGGCGUGGUGGGGAGGUAUUGAUUCAAAAUUUCUCAUAUAAAGAAGAAGAAAAUCCUUUCAGGGGAAAAUUAAUGUCCUAUGACUUAUGAAGUUAAGUGUUGUAGUGAAAUUAUAGCUGUCAGUUUGCACCCCUCCCCAAAGAAAUCUGCGUGAUGACUUUAAAUGUCAGCUUGAGUGCUCUCUGUCCCCUCCUGUGGCAUUUAACACUUCUGUUUCCUUCCAUCCAGCUGCUUUCUGCUGUGCAUGAAGGAUGACAGCAUUGAAGGGAUCUACGACACUCUUAAGCACUGUGCGCUGAUUUCCAAGUCUGCUGGGGGGAUUGGUGUUGCAGUGAGCUGCAUUCGAGCCACUGGCAGCUAUAUUGCUGGGGUGAGUUUUGAAUUUUGAACACCCUGGCUGUGUUAGUGAUUGCUGCAAAGCACCUUUUCCAACCCCUUGGGCUGCUGUGGCUUUAAUGUAACUUAAAUCAGGUCCUGCGUUAUAAAAAUGGCAGCAUUUCCUAUGUGGGGUUGGGCACCUGCCUCUUCAAGAGGAACAAGGUGCUCUGCGCCUUACGUGAUGCCCAUCUGCUUUCUCUUUGUUUCAGACCAACGGGAACUCUAAUGGACUUGUCCCAAUGCUGAGGGUCUACAACAACACAGCUCGCUAUGUGGACCAAGGGGGGAACAAGGUGUGUUGGCUUCUUCCAGAGACUAUGUAUGCAUUUGGGGGAGUGGGAUUGCGAGUUCAAGUGCUUGAAGACGUUUCCAGCAUUCUCCACUGCUCUUGUUCUGAAACUCCUUUUAAAAAAAAUAUUUUAAUACAGAUUAAUCAAUUUGAUUGGGUGGAAUGUAGUUCUACCUACCCAAUUUUUAAAAAUGUAUUUCAUUAAAACCAUUUGUCAGUCACCUUUUAGCAUUCAAAGUAGCAUAUAAUAAAUCUUGCUUGGUACACCACAGACAACAAAUAAUACACAGCAUAAAGAAAAACUCAAGCAACAGUGUGGAGAUAACAGGACAGAAGCCUGUUUGAAUUGUUCACAUGUUACCUGAACCAUUGGGACCAAUGACACAUGUGAAUUUCUUGAACGGUCCUAUGCAUUGUUUCCCUUGCCAUGAUUUGAAAUUUUCCACCAUCAAAAGCUGCAAGUAUCCCAUCUCGCCCGAAGGAUUUUGAACGGGAGGAGCGGGGAGAAGAAGACCACCUUCUCACCUGGACGCAGCCUCACAGACCCAUCCCUAUUGUCUCCUCUCACCUUCUGAAACUCCUUUUAAGGAAAGCGCUUGUCAUUCGCCACAUCUCUACCAUGAGAGUGCCUGGCAGUGUUUUUAGUUCCUUUUCAAUGUGGGCACCUCAGACUUGCCACUGGGUAGUCCCAUGGUGUAAAACAGGCAUAGGCAACUUUCGGCCCUCCAGAUGUUUUGGCCUACAACUCCCAUGAUCCUUAGCUAACAGGACCAGUGGUCAGGGAUGAUGGGAAUUGUAGUCCAAAACAUCUGGAGGGCCAAAGGUUGCCUUUGCCUGGUGUAAAAGUUUGCUUUUGUGGUGUCUCUGAGAUACUGGAAGGGUUGCCCAGAAGUACAGUCAGCAUUUGGGAUUUUUUCCAAGCUCUCUUAGGCUCAUGUUAAAGGUUUUGACUGCAGGGAGUUCAGUGAAUAAAAAUGCUCUGUAACGUAUCUUGAUCCCCCAGCUUCUUUCUAUCUGUAGAGUUUCUCUAAAAAUCACCCACUUAGAAAAUUGACCUUGGAAAAACGUUCCAGUUUAUGCCAGUUUUCUUAUAUCUAUUAUAUAAGAUGUGCAGGUUGGGCACCAAGAGACUGUCCUUGGAUCCUCCUGGUUUGUAGUUCAAGGCUUCAAAAACCUUUUGAAGGUUGGGAGAUCAUCCAGUAAGAUCUCCAAUGUCGCGUGAGGUGCUUCAUUUGGAAAUUGAACAAAGUGUAAUAAACAUGCAGAAGCACUUGGGUGUGCUUGUUAGAUUUUGCAAGCAGCCUUAGUGCAAGCAACCUAAUCCGUUGUUUGGUUAUAAUCCAGGAAAUGACGGAAAGCUUCAGCCAGGCAGAAGCCACUUAAUUUUUCUUCUACCCUAGCGAGAAGCUAGGGGCAGAGAUGCAACUUCCUGUAUGCAUCAUUCUGAUUCUUCUGUUUAUUUGCUCUGCCAGAGACCUGGAGCCUUCGCCAUCUACCUGGAGCCGUGGCAUUUUGAUAUCUUUGAGUUCCUUGACCUGAAGAAAAACACUGGGAAGGAGGAGCAGCGCGCCCGCGACCUCUUCUACGCCCUCUGGAUCCCAGACCUCUUCAUGAAGCGUGUGGAGACCAACCAGGUGGGCAGCUGGGCUCACAGCACAGGCCCCUGCCAGCAGGGCUGCAAAGAGAGGGCAAUGGCAUGUGCCAGCAACAGUGCCCUUAACUCUGUUUUGAGUUACGUCUUCUCUUGUCAAGAUACAGCCAUAUAACCGAGGAGUUACAGAGUAACACUGAUUUGGGCAGUCUUGUAGUACCUUUCUCGGUUCCUCAUGAAAUGUAUGCCUAGCAGCAUAAUGGAUCAAGCCCUAUGGCUUUAAAAACCCUAAAGGCAAAGUGACAUUGGACCCAAUAUCUAUCCAACAAUCACUGAUCAGUUCUGAGACACUGAAGAAGUUAGAAAACGGCUGUCUUGUUUUAGAUAAGUCUAAUUGGUUGUUUGUUUGUUUGUUUUGUUUCUUGUAUCCCAUUUGGUGAACCACAGGGUGUACUCAAUCUUUUUAAAAUGUUCUUUAUUUUAAUAUAAAAACAAUUCCCAACAGGGGGGUAAUGCACAGAAGUAAUGCUUUGUGUGUUUGGUUCUUCGUAUUUCAUUCUAUUGAAAAUGCAGUUGAGCUUCUAGAAAAAAAAAUCUUUUGUGUUCUUCGCCCUUUCCACUCCCCGGAAGUGAGCUGAAUUGAUAAAAAUGUUUUCCCUGUUGAGGAGGGAAAAGUGGUGACUAAAGUCUUUACUAAAGGCAUGAAGGCUUGCUAAUGUACAUUUUGUCUUUGCAGUGUCCUGCUGUGUGGAAGAUAAGAACAGUUUGUGUUUGUCCUUGCUUACUUUCAGUCUUUCUUUUGCAGGACUGGUCUUUGAUGUGCCCCAAUGAAUGCCCGGGCCUAGAUGAAGUCUGGGGAGAGGAGUUUGAGAAGCUGUAUGAGAGGUAUGAGAGAGAGGCUGGUGCAUCCGUUGGCAAAGUUUGAGCCAGGAAUAGCCUGACAACAGCAGCUCCUCCUUCACCUCGCCUUGCCCCUUAGCUGGAUCUAAAUGAUUCCAGACAAAGUACCUUUUGAGUCUGCUUAGAAAUGAAAAUGGAAUCAAAGCUCUUGUUACCUCUUUUCAUUCUGUAUGUUCUGAGUAGGAAUUUGUAGCUCAUUUAUUGCAACUACCGUUCAGAAAACUUAAUGGAACUACACUUUUUGCAUUCCUCCCCCCCUUGGUCUGUAUUCUGAAAAUGGGAACUGGCAGUGCUCAUCAGCUGGAGCUGGCCAAAAAUCCAGACUCUUAAGAACAACACAAACUGCUUCUGUUACAAUUUCCCCAAGGAACUCUGGGGAGCCUAAGAAUUUUGCAACAGAGCUCUCAGCACUUGACCAGAUCUGCAGCUCCCAGGAUUCCCUGGAGCAACCCAAUACCAUUACACUUGUUCAUAGUUUAGGUGUGCUGUUGUGCACCUCCUGUUCAGGGGCCUUGUUCCACCAGGAGUUCGUGAGGUUUCAGUGUCCUUGCUUUGCAAAUGAAAACAAGAUGCUUGUGAGCCUAUUUUCAGAAACACCAAGCGGGUCCCAGUGACGAGUCUUGCUCUGUCUUGCAGCUAUGAGAAGCAGGGGCGUGUCCGCAGAGUGGUGAAGGCUCAGCAACUCUGGUAUGCCAUCAUAGAGUCUCAGACGGAGACAGGAACUCCUUACAUGCUGUACAAGGACUCUUGCAACAGGAAGAGCAACCAGCAGAAUCUGGGAACUAUCAAAUGCAGCAACCUGUGCACAGAAAUUGUGGAAUACACCAGCCAGGAUGAGGUGGGUUGGGUAGGAACCAGGUGCCACUGCGGCUCAGCGGAGUCCGUUUUAGGGAAGGCGUUCCUAUGAGAUGUAUUUGGGGGAGCCACUGUUCUCCCAUGAUUUGCCAAUCAAAAGGCCAAAGGGAUGUUCAGAUGCCGUGAGAAGUGGGAAAUUCCUGCUUUGUUUUAAGGAAACUCAUCUGUGCAAAAUGAGAACAGGCCUUUUCUCUGGUGGCUCCCCCUUGGGGACUGCUCUCCUCUGGGAGGCUCACCUGGCACCCUCCUUGCAUAUCUUUAGGUGCCAGGCACCAGGAAAAAACAUUCCUCUUCAGCCAGGCCUUGGGCUGUUAAACAAUCUAUGGCCUUUUAAGUGUGUACUGUGCUUGUCUUGUUGUUAUGCAUUUUGUGUUUUUAUGCUGUAAACCACCCUGUGAUCUUUGGGUGAAGAGUGAGUGGUAUAUAAAUUUUAAAAAAUAUUUUAAUAAUAAUGAUAAUGAUGUAGAAUUCACUGCCAGGUGAAAGGAACACAGCUAGAAAUUAAUGAUGUGCAUAGAUAUAUCUAGAGCAAGGAAGACUGGCACUACCCAUCUGGUGGUGUGGGCAGUGUGUGUGUGUGUGUGUGUGUGUGUACACAGAAUGAGGAUCAUAAGUGGUGUUGACAGCAUGUCUGAAAGGACUAGGAGUGUCUAGCUUUUGAGAAAUAAGAGGUGGAGCGGUUGGGAUUUGUGUAUGUUGAGUUACUGCCCUCUUCUGACAUUUUGAAGAUUUAUUCCUCACAGGAUCACUGAAAAUAGAAUUGGAAAGCAAUGGUUUUGAUUACUCCUUACCAUAUUUGAGCACAUCAGCAUAGCAUACCUGCCUGGGCAGCCUGUAGGAUCUUCCCCAUAGCAUUUAGAACUGGAUUUAGAGCUCUGCAUUUAGGCAGAGGGUGUCCUGGCUCAAAGCAGGUGUUUGGCCUACGGGUGGCUCUUCAGAUCCUGCCAUUCCAGGUAAAUGGUUGAUGAGCCUGUAAUGGGGAACAUCUUCCGCCAUACAGUUUGUAACCCUUUCCCCUCUCUCUACUGCAUACAUUGCUUUAGCCAUUGAGCGCUGCUUCCUUCUUUGCCUAUUCCAGGUUGCGGUUUGCAACUUGGCUUCCUUAGCCCUGAAUAUGUACGUCACUCCCGAGCACACUUACGACUUCAAGAAGCUGGCCGAGGUCACCCGGGUCAUUGUCCGGAAUCUGAACAAGAUAAUCGACAUCAACUACUACCCUGUGCCAGAGGUACGAAGGAGGAAUUGGUAGCCCUAGAUUGAGAGGUGCUCUUGGUAAGGCUGGUUGUUCAAGGUUGAGGGACUACAGAGAACCAGCAAGUUCAACUACUUCCUUUGAAGGGCGGCUGACACUAUGGAGAAACUUAAGGAUGUGGCAGUUUCUGUAUUCCUCAUGUAUUUUCCCCCCUAAAGCACAUUCCUUGUUAGCCAGGCAUUAGCUAGUGGGCUGUGGGAAGCACACAAUACAUUAGUAGGGGAAGAAUGAUUUGCCUGAAACCAGAGCUUGCCCAUUCCAGGUUCUUAACUCUCUGACGACCCCCCCCCUUUUCUCCUUUUGUCCUUCACAAUGUGUUGCAGGCCGAGACCUCAAACAAGCGCCAUCGUCCGAUUGGUAUUGGUGUGCAGGGGCUGGCUGAUGCCUUCAUCCUCAUGCGAUACCCUUUUGAGAGCGCAGAGGCCCAGCUGCUCAACCAGCAGAUCUUUGAGACCAUUUACUAUGGUGCCCUAGACGCCAGCUGUGAGCUUGCCAAGGAACACGGGCCGUACGAAACCUACGAGGGCUGCCCAGUCAGCAAAGGCGUAAGUGGCAAAGUUUAGAAAGGUUUUUGAACCAAUGGUAUUGAGGGUCCUUUGGACAAAUCUGUCGGAUUGGAACUUGUGGAAUCACAAACUGAGAUGCCAAGAAGUGCCACAACUCCAAUAAAUGUCUGCUGGACUACACUGAGAUGCUGAACUAAUUUAAGGGUCCAUUUCACCAUUAUUUCACCCUAUGACUGGUGUUGUUGAAUCUGGCCUUUUGGCACAGAGUUCAGAUAUUCAUGAAUACCCAGUUUCAUUUUUUUAAAACAAGUUCCUAGCCCUUAGUUCCUACAAGAUGCCCCUGCAAGCUUUUUCUUCAAAAGCAUUCUUUCUUUGUAAGCAUUUUUACACUUGAGUGAAAUGUCUGCUUGCAUCUGGAUUUGCUAAACUUCUAAAUCCUUAGGUAUAUUUUGAAGCUCUCAAAUUCUUCCAAGUGUUCUGCUUUUCCUCUUCCUUUUCACUUAAAAAACCUGGGAUCUCCAGAAUGCUGUAUAGUGUCCAUCACAAAUCUCAGUCUAGAUGGAAGUGUGGAGGUUUGUGAUCAUGACUGGUUGAGAUUAAUAAGUUGCACAGCUGUGGAUUUUCACCACGUGCCCUCAACGUGUCUGAGAUGCUUUUUCUUAGACAUGAUUGUCUCAGAUUCAUUGUGAUGAAAUUCAUGGCUGAAACCUGAAGGAUGAAUUGCCACAUCCAUGGAGAGAAACCAUCAACUCAUGCCUCUGUGGAGAGCUUGGCAUUUGCCAUGUGGUGUCUAAGCAGGAAUUGAAGCACCAUGUAUGAACCAAAAAUUGCAAGAAGCCUUGACCUGAAGGAAGCUGCUUUUCUCUUCAUUCCCCCCUUUUGUUUUAUAUUGUGGGCUUUCCUGUGGUAGCAGGCAGGCUGCACACCCUCACUUAGAUGGCAGGUUUGGUUUGACGAGAUGGUUUGUGCCUUUUCUUCAGAUCCUUCAGUAUGACAUGUGGAAUGUGACCCCUACAGACCUUUGGGACUGGAAGGCUCUGAAGGAGAAGAUUGCAAAGUGAGUAAAAGCCCUUGAUCUCUUUGGCGCAGUGUGCCUUGGGCAACACCUAGAGCUGGCUGGUGAUGGGGUUGAUGGGUGAAGAGUAGCAAAGCAUGCAUGGUGGGACCCCAUGCUUCUGAGAAGAGGUGGAGCCAAUUUCAACCAAAGGAACAGGGUAGCUCUAAACUGAGGGUGUUAAAACUGCAGCUUGAGCUAUGUAAGAGCACAGUCUUCUCCCUGAUGCAGCUCUCAUUCAUUUCUGUGCAGCUUGCACAGGAAAACUCAACAGUGUAUUCUGAUCUUGGGAUAUCCAGUGUUCAUUCUAGGAGCAGAUGCAGUAGAAUCAAGUCCGUUAAUUUCAGUGGGACUACUCUGUGACUUAGUUGCUUUUGUUUAACACCAGACCUUGAGAUCCUUUUGAAUGCUGGGGGAAUACAAGCACUUUAGGGUAUUAUCAAUCACCUGCAACCAACCUUGCAGAUGGUUCCGCUGGGCAAGAUAAUUUUUAAUUGGUCAAAACCGGGCUUUCCUUAACUGAUGCCGAAGGUUGAUUCUCUGAAGAUGGUGAUCCUCUUCAACAAUCACGGGUCCCUGUUUUCUGUGAUUUAGGUACGGGGUUCGGAACAGCCUCCUACUUGCACCAAUGCCGACGGCUUCUACAGCUCAGAUCUUGGGCAACAAUGAGUCCAUUGAGCCCUAUACAAGCAACAUCUACACGCGCAGAGUUCUCUCUGGAGAGUUCCAGGUAAGGCAGCAGUAGGGUGGCCUUGAGCAAUUCAGGGGUAAAGGUGGGUGCUGCGCCUGAGAUCCCGAUGUCCUCCUUGCCAUCCUCUCCAAUAAAAUUCAGCCCCCGCCUCUUGUGAGUGCCAGAACCACAGGCCUGGUUCACACACAACAUUAAACUCUAGUUUACUUUGAACAAACCUUGGCUCUGCUGCCCUUGGUUUGGAGAGAGUUGGGGAUUGUUUCCCCCGCUGUGUGGAGCAGUCAGGGGCAGGAGAGGAGCUAAGCAAGUCUGCACAUUAAAUCGUGGCUUCGUGUUGUGCGCAGACCAGGCUGCUCUUUGGUGGCUCAUGGCUCCAAUAUGGGCUUCAAGGGGAAAUGGUUGCAAAAUUCAAGAUGCUAGCUCUGGUGGACUGGCAUGUGAGAUUUAGAUGAGCUUCAGAAAAGGGCAGCCAGAAUUAUAAAGGAGAUGGAGCAACCCCCCUCCCCUGUGAUGAAAGGUUGCAGCAUUUGGGGUUUUUUAAUUUAAAGAAAAGGCAAGUUAGAAGGUACGCGAUAAAGGUGUAUGAAAUUAUGCCUGGCAUAGUGUGAUGGCUUGUGUAUGCUCUUCGCAAUAAGCACCCUCUGCUCACUCAGAUAUUUACAGUUCUUUAUUUUACAUAUGUACAAACAGCACAUUACAAUCACACGUCCAAAUCGUCCUGUUCAGAUUCGGGGAGUGGUCUUCUCCGGCUUCUCCUCCAACAGAAAAGGCGGGGAAGUUUCAUGGGACGUCUCUGAUCCCUGCAUUUUAACCCUCUCCUUUCCUGUGCAGACGGCACAGGCACAGGAUCACCGUCUGUUCCUGAACUUCCUGUGCGGUGCUGGGGCUCUGCUUCAGCAUCGGAGAGCCUUUCCGCCUCCUGGCUCUCUCCCUCUUCCCCAAUCCGUCACUUCCUCUCUAUCUUCCUCUGACUAUUCCCGCUCCUCAAAGGCGUUCCCUGGCAGUCCCGUGACACAUAGAGGACAGAGAGAAGCUUUUCUCCCUCUCCCGUAACACUGAAACUCGUGGACAUCCAAUGAAGCCGAAUGUUGGAACAUCACGCAGCACAGAGCCAAACUGUAGAAUUGGCUGUCCCAAAAAAUGGUGAUGGACACUAACUUAGAGAGCUUAAAAGGGAGAUUGGACGCAUUAGCAGGAGUUGCCAGUGGCUACUAGUCAUAAUGGCUGUGCCCUGCCUUCAGGAACUGAGGCAGCCCACAAACUUCUGAAUGCCAGUUCCUGGGAACCGGAGAUACAUAUGUGGGGCGCAUCAUGCCCUGCCUGCCUGCUUGUGGGCUUGCCAGAAUCUGGCUGCAGCAGCAAACAGAACACUGGCUGCUUGCUGUAAGUGAGCAUGACUUCCGGUUUUUGCAGAUAGUGAAUCCCCACUUACUAAAAGACCUGACGGAGAGGGGCCUGUGGAGCGAGGAGAUGAAGAACCAGAUCAUUGGCUACAAUGGCUCUAUCCAGGUCAGUCGCCGGGGGGUGGGGGGCUUUGCCAAGGGGGCUGUGUCUGCGUGGAGGCCUCAGUUCUAUACCCGGCUCCAUAUGCGAGAAAGAGCUUCCUUCCUCUUAUGUGAAGAUGCUAAAAAGCGAGAGAGAGAGAGAGAGAGAGAGAGAAAGAAAAGAAUGCAAGAAAACCAUGCCCUUCAAACAUACCUGCUACCUUUUUGUGUCUGUUCAUUAUUUAAAUGGGGAUAAACAACAGUAUAGUCAGUUGAACAUUGAAAUUGUUAACAUCCAGUAAGGCUGCACAGUGCAGGGCUGAGAAAGCAGACAGGGAGUGGUUUUUCCUCCCUCGCCUAAUGCUAGAACCUAGUGGGGCCAUAGGGUGAAUCAGAAUUUUAGAAGAUUCAGGACAGAUCAAAAAAAGCUAAACCAUAGCAUUUGCUCACACAAAAUGUAGUGACGGCCACCAACUUGGAUGGCUUUAAAAGAGAUUUGGACAAAUUCAUGGAGGAUCUGGCUAUCAGUGGCUGCUAGACUCAAUAGCUAUCUUCUCCCUCCCCUGUUGGAGGCCUUUACCUCUGAAUACCAGUUUUUGGGAAUCCCAAGAGGGGAGAGUGGCUGUUUCACUUAGGCUCUGCUUAUGGCCUCUUUCCUUGGGGGCACCUGGUUGGCCACUGUGAGAAGAGGAUGCUGGACUAAAUGGACCCCUGGCCUCAUCCAGAAGGGCUUUGCUUAAGUAGGUGAGGCUGGUUUGGGGAUAGAAUCAGCACGGGAUGACUUGGAGGGUGCGAGAGAGCACAGCCUUGCUGAAUCUCGCAGCAGAUUUUGAUAGCGUUGACUUUGAUUUCCUUCUGGAUUCUCCACGUGAGUCGGGAGUUGGCCAAAUCCAGCCCCCCAUCCCUGGUGUAAGCCAAAAGCAACCUUCCUGUCCACAGGGAGUCAUCCUGUAGGCCUUCUGCCUUUCAGAAUAUCCCUGAGAUCCCAGAUGACUUGAAACAGCUCUAUAAGACGGUGUGGGAAGUCUCCCAGAAAACGGUCCUCAAGAUGGCAGCAGACCGAGGGGCCUUCAUUGACCAGAGCCAGUCUCUCAACAUCCACAUUGCGGAGCCCAACUAUGGCAAACUGACCAGCAUGCACUUCUACGGGUGGAAGCAGGUAAGCAGAGCGGCAGGGAGGGAACCACCCUAAUACAAGUUUUUCGUGUUGAUCUUGUAGGUUAUGUUUUUAGGCUAUUACAAUAUAGCCCUGAUAACAAGCCAUUGUGCUCAGGCCUUGUUUUGACAAGUCCUGCAAACCUUGUCCAGGGGGAAAUCCUGGCUCAUAUGGUUCUGCCUGGUUUUUGAAUUGAAUUGGCAGUUUAAUACUUAUAUAAAGCGUGGAAUACUUAUGGAAGAUACAGAAAGUAUAGAAAAGGAUAGUUAUUACAUAGAUUGUAGCUGCCAACAGUGGUAAUAUAAUAAUAGUAAUAAUUUAUUAUUUAUACCCCGCCCAUCUGGCUGAGUUUCCCCAGCCACUCUGGGCGGCUUCCAGUAGAGGGUUAAAAACAAUACAACAUUAAAUAACGUAAGGUAACGUCCUUCCCUGGAUCCUGGGUGUUCUGAGUUACCUCCUGUUACUGUGGUGUCGGGAGCAAAACCUACUCAAACUGCUUUAAUUCCUCUCAUCUAUCAUCUAUCUAUCUAUCUAUCUAUCUAUCUAUCUAUCUAUCAUCUGUCUGUCUGUCUAUCUAUCUAUCUAUCUAUCUAUCUAUCUAUCUAUCAUCUGUCUGUCUAUCUAUCUAUCUAUCUAUCUAUCUAUCUAUCUAUCUAUCUAAUCUAUCUCACCCUUUCCUGCCCACAGGGCUUGAAGACUGGCAUGUACUACUUGAGGACAAAGCCUGCGGCCAACCCCAUCCAGUUCACCCUGAACAAGGAGAAGCUGAAGGACAAGAGCUUCAAGGAAGAGGAGGAGAAAGAGAGGAACAAAGCAGCCAUGGUGUGUUCCCUGGAGAACAGAGAUGAGUGUCUCAUGUGCGGGUCUUAAGCAGCUGCCCGGCGUGGAGGCCCCUCUUACCUCUCCUGCUCCAGCCCCAGCUAGGUUAGUUAGGUCUAGUUCACUUUGGAGGGAAGAGAGAGGCUGCCAUUCUGCUUCAGGAGGGGGUCAAACAGUUGUGGGUCGCUGGGUGCAGUGGUGUCCUUGCUUCCCCUUCAGGUGGCAAAGCUGUCUGGGUCAUCCAAGUGGGGUGGCGGCGGCAGCAGCAGAGGCAAUCUGCACCCACGGCUGUUGUAGCAGGAACCUUUAAGUGCCCUUUUAUUAUCUUACCCAUAAUGUAAAUAAUAGUAGGCUCCUUUAAAAUGCACAUAAAGUUUGCACGUCUUGUUAUGCUUGGGGAACAAGGACUCCUUUUGACAAUCGCUUCUUAUGCCAAAAUCUCCACCAGCCUGUCUUGUUACCCAGAGAGACAACAUCUCAUCUCCAGCCCUUGGGGUCUAGCCCUCUCUCUCUCGGUCUUAAGACGAACAGUGUGCAGUCGGGGAGCUGCAGAGCAGGGAGAGGGAAAGGGAGCAUAUUCUUUGCUCAUCAUGUGGGCCUGCAACUUGCUACUUUAGGACGCACAACUUGUCAUGUGGUGCCACAGCCCAUACCAGCCGCUUCUGGAGAUGGGCUUAGAGUUACUGUUACAUAGAGGGAAUGUUUUCCCUUUUCCUUCACCGGCUGUGAAUUCUGGGGAAAAGCCACUGGAAGGAGCUUGGAUUAAGCAUCCAAAAACUGGGCUUGGUUUAGCAGUGUUAUUCUUUGCCACAAAGCUGCUGUGGCCACUCCCUCCUUCUCUGAAGAACGACGUUUACUGGGCUGAGCGGUUUAUUUUAUAAAGACAAGAAAAAAAUGCACACCACAAACUAAACCAUGCCUUUUUUCUUCAGUUCUUUGCCAUUCCCAUCGGAAUUAAGUGGCCUAGUUCUGGACUAUUUAUUGAAUUUGGGUACUCUGCAUGUAGACUUGAAUCCUUUAAGCAAAUUCAGUGCAUCAAUAAAAGCCAUGGUGUAAA